UUUCUUGUGGUUUGUGUGUAAUAGGACAACUAGGCUACUGUGUGAUAACCGCCAAGUGCCACUUUUAUGUGCCAAACACAAGUUAAGGCCCACUGUACGGACUGAGUUACAGCAUAACUUAACAAGUGGCCUUGACCUUCUCACCAAAGACUGAACACCCUGCGAUCGCCAGACGUACCUGCGACAGGUAACUGACCAGCCGUCUGGUCGGCCCGUGGGGUCAGCGGUCAAGGCUAGCCCAAGAUGAGAUAAGCCUUGCCCAGCCCUGGUCGCGACUGUCGUGCAUACAAAUGCGGGCGGACGAGGGGAGAUCAGUCCCCCGCUUAGGUUUGACGCCGCGGUCUUUAUCGGCCGAGUACUUGGAUUAUCGUCCCUGACCUUUAGACGGAACGACGGCGGAAGGCGGAGAAACUGCAACCAUGAUGUCAUCCACCCUGGUGGAGACAGUCUCAAUCAACUAUGACGACUUCAACGACAGCUUCCUCACCUGCGGCACCUGUCUCUGCACCUACGACGGCCAGGAACGCACCCCCAAGCUCCUCCCCUGCUCCCACACUGUCUGCCGCAACUGCCUGGAGAGGAUCAUCGCCGCCCAGACCCUAGACACCGGCUCCUUCCGCUGUCCGAUAUGCCGGGAGAACAUUCACAUCCCCCAAGGCGGAGUCGCCUCGUUCCCUCCCUCCUUCAUCGUCAACCAGCUUCUCGACCUCAUGGCCCAACAGCGGCGGGACGUCAUCCCCAAGUGCUCCGUACACACGGCGCAGGAGCUGCUGUUCUGUGAGACGUGCGACAUCGUCUUCUGCGUCCAGUGCGUGGACGGCAACCACAUCGGCCGCGGGGCCAGCGAGCACACGGUCAUCCCCUUCGCCAUCGCCAUCAAGAGGAUGUCGGAGAUUCUCUUGUACAAGGCACAUCUGUGCAUCAAGAACCUCAACUCUGCCUAUGAGACUGUGUCUGACGAGCUUAGGCAGCUGGAGUUAUCUGUGGAUAAGACAUUGGAUGCUAUAAAUAGAUCAUUUCAGGAUGUAAUGGCUGUGAUAGAGAAACGAAGACACGACUGCCUGCAGUGGGUGAGGAAGAUCAGAGAGGAGAAGAAGACAAUUCUGAAGGAGCAGCUGGACCUGAUACAGGCGGAGAAGGAGAAGGUGCAGCUGGAAUGUGAUGGUUUACAGUACCAGGUGGAGGUGAGGAACAUCACCAAGAAGAUCAGCGACCUGAACGAGAAGCUGGACACCACCAGCACCCUGUCUGAGCCCAGAGAAAACUCUUUCCUCCAGUACGAGUACAAGCACAACGACGCCCUAAGGGAGAUCGCCAAGGCCGUCAGCAACUUUGGGGCCAUCCGCGUGAGCACCACAUUCCCCGCGCUCACCACUGCGGAUGCCAAGAAAGCCACGGCUCACCUAAGAACUUCUGUUAAGAUCCACACUGUCGAUUACCAUGGUAACCCCCGCUCCUCUGGCGGAGACCCGAUCAUUGUUGAGCUGCGCAACGAAAAAGGGGAGUUGGUUGAUUCCAAGGUGAAGGACAAUGAUGACGGGUCUUACGAGGUUUUGUAUAUACCAACAAAACCAGGGAAGUUAAAAAUGUCUAUCAGUGUAUUUAACCGGCCAAUCAAAGACAGCCCGUUGAUGAUUGACGUGAGUGAGCAUAUUGAACCUAUAUGGAGGUUUGGCUCUAAAGGUUCAGGAGAAGACCAGUUGAACCAGCCAACAAGGCUGGCCACUGGACCAGAGGACACCGUCUACGUCCUGGACACUGGCAACAGCAGGAUCAAAGUCAUGGGGAAGGACGGCUCCGUGCUGCGGCACCUCGGCCCUACUGGGGUGGAGAACCAAAGCUCCACUGGCAUGGCCGUCAUGCCAAACGGCCACAUUGCUGUCAUUAACUGGCGGACAAAGUUCGUCAGCGUCUUGGACCCGGUGGAUGGGUCAAAGGUCAAACAGUUUACCUGCCCAGGUUUUAUUGACCCCAUCGACAUUGCCGUCAACUCUCGGAAUGAGAUCAUUGUGGCCGACAGCUCCGCCCACAAAGUUUUUAAAUUUGACCAGGCCGGGAAUCUGGUCAUGACCUUCGGCUCGCAGGGCGACAAGGACGGUCAGUUCAAGGACAUCCACGCCAUCUGUAUUGGCAGGAGUGAUGAGAUCCUGGUUGCUGACCACAGGAUACAAAUUUUCACCAAAGACGGGAAAUAUUCGAGAAAAGUCGUGGACUCUGGUGAAGGCUCGUACGGCGGGAUAAUAGUCGACACGGGCGGCAACAUCCUGGCCACUAGCACAGAGAAGGCAUUUAAGUCCGACAAGGUCAGCGCCACGUCCAGCAGCAGUGGGGCCACCAAGGACAAAGGCUCCUGCAGCGGGCGCAGCUUCGUGCACGUGUUCCACUCUAACGGCAAGCUGCUGUACUCUAUAGACAGCAGCACGGAUAGGCUCAAGAGGCCCAAUGGCCUGACCAUCAUCAGUGACUUCAGGAUUGUGGUUGCAGAUCUGGGCAACAACUGUAUAAAGAAAUAUUACUAUAAAUAGAAGAGUUCCUCUAAGAAAGCAAAAACGGGUUAAAGACAAGAAAAAGACAAUCUUUUUUUUUUUUUGUUCAAUUUUUUAACAAUCACCUUGAUGCAUUAGAGACAUACAAAUCAAAUUAAUCAUUUGCUCCAGUUUGUGUUGAACUGUGCCAACAAUAGUUGUGCCAACUGCAAGUUAGAAAAAAGGUGUGCCAAUAGCUUACACAGCUUCUCCACCUCUCAAGGACACUGUGACUUCUUUCUUCCAACCACUGCAAGCAAUUUUAACAAAGGGUUCAGGUCUGCAAGUUUGAGAUUGAAAACUGUUUUGUCUAAAACAAAUUAUAUAUCCACCUUUUUCACUCAAUGUAAACCAUAAUACCAAGGGGAGGUAAUCAUAUAAAAAUUUUUUCCAUUUGAAAUGUGCAAUGGAAAUUUUUUUUUUUUUUGCAAGUUUGUAAUGAUUGAUCUAAAACAAGCCCCAAAAAAUGUGUGCAACAUGAAAAGCUGCAACAGCUUUCUUUGUCCACUAAACCUACAAUCCAAACACAAAAAAUGAUGAAUUUUAAUCAUUUGACAAGAGCAAGUUAUAUUUAAGACUGCAACUAGAAAUUUUUGAACUUCAUUACAUCAAAUUAAAGACAAAUUUUUUAAUUCAAUUGACAGAUUGAGAUCUGUAAGUGUAGCGCCUAGGCUGGUGAGGCUAAUCUGCAUUGAUAGACUAGUGUUAGUGUUUAGACUAGUGAUUGUACAUUUGAACUAGUAACACUCUAUGGACUAGUGAGGAUGUGUAUGUAUAGACU